AUGGAGAGGCCCCGCUUGACCGCGCUCAGAUUCCCCGUUUCAUUUUGAUUUUUCCGUUCUCAAGUCGUCACCCCCUUCCCCCAGAAAUUCGCAGAUCCUCGCGAUGGGAGCAGAAGCCGAGGGUACUGCCCCACCGCAGGCCGCCGCCGCCGGCGAGCCCGCGACCGCUGCGAGGGCGCAGCCCAUCAGCGCUGCGCAGUUCCUCUCCUGGAAGCAGCGCAAGGAUGCAGAGGAAGCCGCGAGGAAAGCUGAAGCAGCUCAGAAGCGAGCUGCUGAUAUCGCAUCAGGAGCGGUACAGAUGAACGGCCGCGAGCUGUUCCAACACGAGCCCUGGGUGUUCGACAACAACAUUUACUGAGAUGAGAGCGUCCUGCCUCAUGGAAGUUGUAAAACGCCUUGGCAGAUGUGAUAAACUCGAUAACAUAAUGUACCAUGGCAUAUGUUUAUUAGUAAUCUGGAUGUGUUUGAAGUCAUUCAGGAAUUUAGCGAGAAGGCAAUGCUUUCAGAGCCGUA